AUUUGUGUGUGUAAUGACUUCCACUAAUAUAAAAUGCAAUAAACAUGUGUUUAAAAUAAAUAGAAAAUUAUUAUUAAAUUAAAUACAAAAAACAUUUUGUUUGACAAAUUGAUUGACAAAGACAUCCAUCGGAGAGAUAUUGAAGACGACUAAUGGAUUCAACGAAACAGAAGAAGACUAUGCGUUACUUUGUCGACAAAGUAGGCGCCGAUGGUAUUGAUGUCAAUGCAUUGAUGAUGAAUGAAUCGAUGACGACUUUGGCGGAUGAGAUCAGCGGUGGCGGCGACGGUGGUAAUGAUGAUCUCAAGAGGUCAAUGAAGAAGAAGAAUAAUAAUAAGGUUGUCAACGAAUGGAAAGACCCUCAGAAGCGAGUCCAGAGUGUGUUCGCCAACAAUAGGUUUGUCGGCAAAGAUAAACUGAUGAAAUACGAGCGAAAAAGUCGCGUCAAUUCACGUUUGGCCACAAAAUACCAAAAACAUCGAAAAAGAAUUCGAAAUGAAGAAGAAAAACGUCAAAAUAGUAUCGGUUUUGCCGCGAGAUCUGAACUUUUGUUACCCGAAACGAGCGGCUAUUUAGAGGCCGAUGAUAAUGAAGAGACGUAUCAGAUUACACAACGAGAAAUUGUCGACUCUAUAGACAUAACGAGUGCCACCAAACACUUUGACUUGAAUUUGGACCAAUUGGGACAUUAUUUUAUAAAUUAUUACCGAAAUGGUCGCCAAUUGCUACUUGGUGGUCAAAGAGGUCACGUUGCGGCCAUUGAUUGGAUUACCAAAGAAUUGAUGUGUGAAUUCAAUGUCCAGGAGUCCGUUCACGACGUCCAUUGGCUGCAUAUGCCGACGCUGUUUGCUGUCGCCCAAAAAGAUUGGGUCCACAUCUACGACAAUCGCGGCACACAAAUACAUUGCAUCAAAAAGAUGUAUCGAGUCUACAAACUAGACUAUCUUCACUAUCACUUUCUACUUGUGUCCGUUUCGGACAACGGUUUUAUCUCAUGGCUGGACGUUUCAACCGGCCAAAUGGUCGCAUCGACAAAGAUGAAGAUACCGCGCGUAACAGCCGUAAAACACAAUCCGUAUAACGCUAUCGUUGCCACUGCACAUCCAAACGGAACCGUUGAUAUGUGGUCACCGAAUCAAAAGGAAAAAGUCGUAUCAAUGUUAUGCCACGGAUCAGCUAUUCGGGACAUUGCUUUCGACUGCGAGGGACAAUAUAUGGUCAGUGCUGGUGUCGAUCGGACAAUGAAAGUCUGGGACAUCAGAAACUUUAAAUGUUUGAAUUCGUUUCGCUUGCGAUCAAUGCCAUCAAAUCUCGAUGUAAGUCAACGAGGAUUUGUUGGCGUUUCUGUUGGCGAUGUUGUCGAAGUUUAUAACAACUGUUUCAGACAAACACUUCCAACUGCUCCCUAUAUGAGACACCGAUUUGCUGCUCACGUAUCCGAUCUGGAGUUCUGUAAUUUUGAAGACAUUCUCGGUGUCGGACAUAAAGAUGGGUUUACUUCUCUGAUAAUUCCUGGUUCGGGUGAACCAAAUUUCGAUGCACUCGAAGCCAAUCCUUACAUGACUUCAUCGCAACGCAAGGAAAUGGAAGUAAAGGCAUUGCUGGAGAAGAUACCGUCUGAAUUGAUAUCAUUAGAGCCUAACAUCUUGGGUCAAGUGGACAAGGAAUCGCUGAAGAAACAGAUGGAAGACAAGAAAGAUGUUAAAUAUGUUAAACCGAAAGAUAUUGAAUUCGAAUCGAAACCAAGAAAACGAAGACAAAAGACUGCGAAGAAAGAAAAAAUUAAGAAAGGAUUAAAUGAAUCCGAGAGACAACAAAAAGUUAGAGAUAUUGUUAGACAAAAAACAAGUGAUGACAACAAACAAGAUAAUGAAGACACUGGUAAUCAAAAGUCUCUCAAUGUGUUGGACAGGUUUAAGUCGAAGACUAAUUUUUAGAAAUCAAUUUAUUUUAUUUUUAAAUAAACAAAAAAUACUUAUAAUAAUAAAA